GAUCCCAUGGAAGCACAGAAUAUCACACAGGUGUCAGAGUUUGUCCUCAUGGCAUUCUCACAGACCCACGAGCUCCAGAAAUUUCUGUUCCUGGUGUUCCUGUUUGUCUAUAUCACCACUGUUGUGGGAAACAUCCUUAUCAUGGUCACAGUGACUUCUGACUCCCGACUCCACAGCCCCAUGUAUUUUCUGCUCCGAAAUCUGGCUGUCAUAGACCUUUGCUAUUCCACAGUGACUUCUCCAAAGAUGCUGGUGGACUUCUUUCAUGAGGUCAAGACCAUCUCCUACCAGGGCUGCAUGGCCCAGAUCUUCUUCUUCCACCUCCUGGGAGGUGGGACCGUCUUCUUCCUUUCAGUAAUGGCCUAUGACCGCUACAUAGCCAUUUCCCGGCCCCUCCACUAUGUCACCAUCAUGAACACUCGAUUGUGUGUGUGCUUGGUGGUGGCUGCUUGGGUAGGGGGAUUUGUUCACUCCAUUGUCCAGCUGGCUCUGAUGCUCCCAUUGCCUUUUUGUGGCCCCAACAUUCUGGAUAACUUCUACUGUGAUGUCCCCCAAGUGCUGAGACUUGCCUGCACGGACACCUCCCUCCUGGAGUUCCUCAUGAUCUCCAACAGUGGAAUGCUGGUCCUCAUCUGGUUCCUUCUCCUUCUGAUAUCUUACACGGUCAUCCUGGUGAUGCUGAGGUCCCACUCAGGGCAGGCGAGGAAGAAGGCAGCUUCCACCUGCACCACCCACAUCAUUGUAGUGUCUAUGAUCUUCAUUCCCUGUAUCUAUAUCUACUCCCGGCCCUUCACCCCCUUCCCCAUGGACAAGGCUGUGUCCAUCAGCUACACGGUUAUGACCCCCAUGCUCAACCCCAUGAUCUACACACUGAGGAAUCAGGAGAUGCAGGCAGCCAUGAAGAGAUUAGGCAAGCGCCUUGUAAUAUGUAACAAGGAAUGA